AUGGAGAUAAAUUCAGUGCUUCCUCCAGUGCAACGAUUCAACAUAGGACGUGAUGUCUUAUCAAUUUGCUUUCUGGAAGGUUCUUCUAUUCUUAUCUCAGCUGGUGUGCAUAGAAAUUUCUCGAACUCGGCCCUAUGCGUUUGGGAUCUCCUCACAAGGCAGUACCUCGAGCCUAUUUACUCACUCGAACUCAGAGAAAUCUCCGAAUCUGCAUCAGCUGUCACUUAUUCUCUCAAAUACCAGUUGAUUUGUGUUGGCGGAAAAGAAGGAGGGCUCGUGUUUGUCGACAAGGACUACCUGGUUGUUUCUUCGAUUAACUUCGCCGGGAUGGUAAAAUGUCUGAAUAUCAGCGGCAAUGGAGAAAUCCUCGCGGUUGGAUCGACCGAUGGUUCAAUCAGAAUCUGCUCUCUCGCUCAACAGUCGCUCGUUUCAGUCCUUAUGCUUGAGCAUCCCAGAUCUUCCGUCUUCAAAAACCCAACUGCUGGAGUGAUGGGCUUGGCAUUCUGUGGGGAACAUCUGUUAUCUUGCGGAGCAGAUGGAAAACUGAAGAAACGCAAUUCUCAAGCUCUCCUUGACUCUAGCUCCGCAAUUCACAGUCAAAGUGAAUCUCUUUCUCCAAUUACUGGGGACGAAGAGUGCCCAAAUUUACCUGUGCAAUAA